CCAAUUUUCAUUUGAACGGUAAGCAACAAAACUCGGCGUCGUUGAGAAAUCCUUCAAUUGGAUUCCACAAACCAAACUCUGUACAUUUCUUCUCCAUAAUCUCUCCUCAGGGUCAAGGUACGAACUCUUCGCAACUUGUAUAUCACUAAGAAAACACUUCAAAAACAGUACCAAACAGCAAAAUACAACAACAAGGGUUUGUAAUUAACUUCAUUCUAGAAUUUCUCUUCUUCUUUUUUUUUCUGUGGGAUUAAAUUUUCUUUCUGGAGUUCAUUGGGAUUUCCAGAAAUGGGUUUUUGUUUUAAUGUAUGAAUAGUGUGUAAAAAAAUGCAAGCUUUAAGUGUCCUGCUGCCAUUAAGUGGUAUUUCAAGAACAAGAAGAAAGAGAGUUUAUUGUUUGAGUGCAAUUGAAGUUAGCAAUGGGUUUCAUUGUUGGAAUCCAAUGUGUGGGUUUUCGUCUAAAGUGAAAUUAUAUCUUAUUUGUCAACCAAAGAGGGGGAAUUCUUUUGGUUCUUGUAGUAUUCCUUUAGCUUUAGCUUUAGAGAAAGAAGCAAUAGGGAGUGAUAAAGAUAGUGCAGAUGAGGUGAUUUUGAGUGAUGGGAUUGAUGUUGUGAAAGAAAUUCCUUUUGACGGCAGCAAUGAACCGACAGACAACAAGGAAUAUGUUGGUAAAGAGAAAGAAGAUAAUAGUGAAUUAGGUGAGGAGAAGAGUAAAAAGGUGGAUGUUAGAGCGUUGGGUUUGAGUUUAGAGUUUGCCAAAACUGCAGAUGAAGUUGAAGUAGUACUUAAGGAUUUUGCAGACCUACCGCUUAAUGUGUAUUCAUCUAUGCUAAGAGGUUUAGGUGUGGAUAAAAAAGUGGAUACUGUAAUGGCUGUUUACGAAUGGCUUAAGAGAAAGAAGAUAGAGACUGAUGGUACUAUAUAUCCUAACCUUUAUAUAUAUAACAGUCUACUCGGUGCAUUGAAGCAAUCUCAUGAGUUUGGUUUAAUGGAGAUGGUUGUGAAAGAUAUGGAAGAUGAAGGGGUGAUUCCUAAUAUUGUGACGUAUAACAUUUUAAUGGCAAUUCAUUUAGAGAAAGGACGAUCUAAAGAGGCACUUAACGUACUUCAGGUGAUGCAGAAUACGGGUUUACGGCCAACUCCUGUGACUUAUUCAACAGCAUUGUUGGCUUAUCGAAGAAUGGAAGACGGUAAUGGAGCUCUAAAGUUUUUUGUUGAAGUGAAAGAGAGGUAUCAGAAUGGGGAGAUAGGAAAAGAUACGGAUGAUAAUUGGGAUAGUGAAAUUAUUAAGCUUGAAAACUUCAUAGUUCGAAUAUGCUACCAAGUUAUGCGACGGUGGCUUGUGAAAGGAGUUCACUUAACUAAAGAUGUGAUGGAUCUUCUUACAAGCAUGGAUGGUGCAGGACUGAAACCUGGACGUGUAGACCAUGAGAAACUCGUUUGGGCAUGUACACAGGAAGGCCAUUACGUUGUAGCGAGGGAGUUGUACAACCGAAUAAGAGAGGGGGGAACGGGAAUUAGCUUAUCUGUAUGUAACCAUGUAAUUUGGUUGUUGGGGAAGGCGAAAAAGUGGUGGGCGGCGCUAGAAGUCUAUGAGGACUUGUUGGAUAAAGGACCAAAGCCUAAUAACUUAUCAAAUGAGCUUGUAAUUUCUCAUUUCAACAUUCUAUUAACUGCUGCUAGGAAGAGAGGAAUUUGGAGAUGGGGUGUUAGAUUACUUAACAAGAUGGAAGAAAAAGGCUUGAAAGUAGGAAGUAGAGAAUGGAAUGCAGUUCUUGUGGCCUGUUCUAAGGCCGCAGAAACUUCAGCUGCAGUGCAAAUUUUCCAUAGAAUGGUGGAAAAUGGUGAAAAACCAACAAUCCUUUCCUACGGAGCAUUGCUCAGUGCUCUUGAGAAAGGGAAGCUCUACGAAGAGGCAAUUCAAGUAUGGGAUCAUAUGAUCAAGGUUGGUAUUCAACCAAAUUUGUAUGCUUAUACCAUUAUUGCCUCAGUUUAUAUUGGUCAAGGAAAAUCUGAUACUGUCGAGUCUGUGAUGAGGGAGAUGGUAAAAUCAGGGAUUGAACCAACUGUUGUUACUUUCAAUGCAAUAAUUAGUGGUUGUGCACGGAAUGGUAUGGGAAGCACUGCCUUCGAUUGGUUUCAUCGAAUGAAAAUUUGGAAUAUCCCACCAAAUGAGAUAACGUACGAAAUGCUGAUUGAAGCUCUUGCGAUAGAUGCUAAACCUAGAUUAGCUUAUGAGUUGUACUUGAGGGCUCUCAGUGAGGAGUUGAUUCUAUCUUCUAAGGCUUAUGAUGCGGUGUUGGAAUCGGCUACGAAUUAUGGUGCAACUAUAGAUAUAGCUAAUUUAGGACCAAGGCCUCCAGAGAAGAAAAAACACGUAAAAAAUAGAAAACAUUUGUCUGAAUUCUGCAACCUGGCUGAUCUUCCUCGGAGAAGUAAACCAUUCGAGAAAGAAGAACUUCAACAUCCACAAUUACAAGGAGACCAAGAGUAAACUGGCAGCCUUUUGUAAUAUGGAAAUAUUUUGGAACAGUUCUGGUGAGAUGAUAUUGUAAAAUGGUGCAGAAGCAUAUUGCUGUAAAGAUACAAGAGAUAACGAGGAAAACAAUGUAUGCAGUAAUAGCUCAUGUAAAACUUUCUGGACCUUCUUUCUUGUUUACUGCUUAUAUAAAUGUGAAAAUCUUGCCUAGAUUUUAAAAAUCAAUCGAGCAUUCAUGACA